AUGGUACUGGACAAUUUUAGUAUUGACCAGAUUGCAAAGGUGAAGGAUGCUACGCCUUUCCCCUUUUGGGGACCAGGGAAUUUCAAUGCUCGGGGCAUCACUUACGGCGAGGCAUGGAGAACUAUUAAUUACCCUUUGUUUAAGUACCUUACUGAUGGAAGUUGUCUCGAAAACAAAUCUGAAGAACGUUGCUUAAAGAAACAAGAGGGGCAGGCGUUACUUCAGGGUGAAAUGAGUGCCUGCUGCCAUCCAAGUGCUGUAUCGGAUUGUGGAACUUCCCAAGCUGUUACUCUGGAAACACGGCUCGAGAGAUGUAUUGGAAGUGCUUCUCCCACUCUUACUAUGCGCUCGUAUCUUUGGGUUUAUCUCCUUCUGCUCCUCAACGAAAGAAAUUUGGAACGGUACUAUGAGAUUCUGGCUCUGGAGAAUCUUCUGAUGUCUGAAAAUGCUUGUCUUAUGCGACUUGUCAAGGCGAAACCUGAAACACAAGGACAGCAUAAGAUCGUGAAAAUUCUUGUCCAGUGGGUGAAGAUUCAUAAUGCAGUGGUAGCAUUUUGGAACAAAUCCCAUCCUGACACAGUAGAAGGUACCCAAUCAUGUCUCAUUGACAUAUUACUUCCAGUACAAUCUGAAAUCUCGGAGUUGUCAGAAGAACUCGUCGACUUGUACCUUGGUACAUUGCCCGUUAGGAGUGGAGGCAUUGAAUACAAUGCUCUCAUGAAGUACUUGGACUCAAAGUCAAUCCCAACGCUUCGUGGGGUAGCUGAUUCGAAGUUGGUUAACGCAGUGCAAUUCGAACAUGAAGUUGUCUCAUUCCCAGGGAAAUAUAGACCUUCUGCGAAGAAACGGAGAGGAAGGGCUAGACGUCGAUCCUACACUUCUAACACAAAGAGGUAA